AACAAGUGUACAUCAUCUCCUUACUCAUACAUUUCUAAAUUUUCCUACAAAAAUAAAUGUCCUAAAUACAGUCGUCACAGUUGAAUUCCACGGACAACUUUCCUCAUAGCCGGUUAACCUAAGCCUGUUCUUCCGCAGUUUCCUUAUUUCGAUUUAACUUUCAAACCAACGGGGAUUCCUUCGCAUCUACGUUAAAAAGCAGUUGCAUCAAGAAUUAUUGUUCUUUCAAUGUCAAGUUACUGUUGAAACUCUUCUCAAGGUGAUCCGUUCACGAAACUGAACUUGACCUCGACUGUACAUGAUUAUAUCUCGAAAUCAGAACGUUGGCUGGCUCGUUCGAACCACCUGUGACUUACGAAACGCCAUUUUAAAUGAAGUUGGCCCGCCUCGGCAAUUGACCAUUCAAGGCCAUCGAGUUACUGACCCCUGCGAUACAUUCCUCUCUAUCUUUUUCUCGUUUUGUUCCAAACUGAACCUGUAUUCUACCCAAAAUGGCGGGAGCACUCAGCUGUUUAGCUUCUGGCACGAUUAAAAGCGGUUUCUUCAGAAUUGAUUCACUCGAUUUUUAAGAGUUGAACGAUGUGUUGGAACCGUGGAAAACACUGCAUCAUUUCUGUAAAUAGAAACAUCAGUGACUAAGAUAUUUAUAAAUACAAUCAUUAAUUUUUUAAUUUUUCAAUUGUGUCGAUUGUGAAGGACUGUGAACACUGAUUAAAAUGUAUUUAAAUUAAAUUGUUAAAUUGUUGAGUGAGCAUAAAUGCAAGUCUAGUUAAAUUUUUAUGUAAAGGAUAACUUUGAGACGAACUAGUGAAUGGGUCAAUAAUAUCACAAUAGUGUUAUCUCAGAAACAAAUGAAACUGCUUCCUUUAAGGCACAAAUAUCUACCUCAACAAUUGCCUCGUUUAUCAGCCAUAACCUCAAAAAGGUGAAGAAAUAUUGCUCAACAAAAUGGAUCUCGGAAUAGUGAGGCAAAUAUUCAUAGGAGUAAUUUGUAACCUUUUGGUGAUCGAUAGCGGAUUACACGAGGGCUGGAGUACUCCAAUUAUACCAAAAUUCGAACGCGAUGACCCAGUCAGAGUACCCUCCGACAAAUUAGUCUGGGUAGUGAAUUUGAUGUACGUCGGAGUAGGUCUUGGUUCGAUCGUACCGUUUCUUUUGAUGGACAGAAUUGGUCGUAAAGGAACGUUACUAUUCGCCACGAUACCAAAGAUUUCUGCCUGGAUUCUGAUCGGUUUCGCGAACACUAUUACACAACUUUAUGCCGGUCGAAUAUUAGCUGGCGUAGGAUGUGGAAUAACGUACGCAGUUAUGCCGAUGUACCUUGGUGAAGUUAGCAGCAAGAGGACACGUGGUCCUUUAGGUACACUGAUGGCGGUGCUGUUGAACACGGGUAUGAUGUUAGCGUACGCGAUCGGUCUGUGGGUAUCACGGUACACCAUGUCGAUGAUAUCGGUGACGAUCCCCCUCGUGUUCCUGGUGAUGUUCAUCUGGCUACCGGAGAGUUCUGUGUUCCUCACGAAGAAGAACAAGCUGACGUCCGCGGAGCGAACGUUGCAGUGGGCGUUGGGCAAAGACGACGUCGUGGAGGAGCUGGAGGAGAUCAAACGUAUCGUGGCCAGCGAGGAUUCCAAGACCGUGAUGACGUUCAGUCGAUCGUGCAAGGAGAUGUUCACCAAGACUCAGAAUCUGAGAGCUUUUCGCAUCGCGGUGAUCGUUCUGAGCGCUCUAACGUUAACGGGAGCCACGCCGCUUUUAGCUUAUCAAUCGUUCAUUUUCGAAGAGGCUGGUUUCGACGUUCCCACCAAUGUCAGCAUAGUGACCACCGGCUGCGCCAUUGUGUUGGCGGGCAGUGUGUGCGUGAUGCUGGUCAGGAUUACCGGCAAAAGGUUGUUGCUUCUGAUUUCGACACCAAUUUGCGUGUUGUCCCUGACGAUAAUGGGCAUCUUCUUUGGUCUGCUGUCGGGCGGACACGACGUCUCGAAAAUGCGAUGGGUGCCCUCCGUGUUCCUGGUGAUUUAUGUGCUGGGAUACGGGCUGGCUCUGAAUCCCAUACCCCUAGCGUACGUUGGAGAAAUCUUCCAUGUCGAUGUGAAGGUACCUGCGGCCAUUUUCGGAUCCCUCUUUUACGCCGUCACCACUACUGCGGUAGUUAAGUUCUAUCAGGUUCUGAAAGAGUCCUAUGGAACAUUCAUGCCCAUGUUCUCGUUCACUGUGAUUACUUUCCUCUUGUGGCUGUUAAUUUAUCGAUACGUGCCGGAAACAGAAGGGAAAACCUUGGAAGAAAUACAAACAGAGCUACGAACAAAAAACUGACAUUGUUAAUGAAACAAAUAAAAUUCUGUACAUUGAAA